CUAAACUCGCUCCGCUCGAGCCCGAGUAUGACGGCUCGAGCAGUCUCUUUCAGCCUCGCUUUGACGUCGUCAUAGAGACCGGGCGGACCAAUCAGAACACGCGCCGAAGAGCGUCACGUGGGUCGAGCGACACGCUGAUUGGAGGACGCCAGAGUAAAAAAAACAAAAGGCCAAGUUUUGGGUAAGUUUUAUAGGUGGGAGCUCCGCGAGGCCGAGGGGGAGCGGAGAGGAGCGGCGGGGCCACGGCGGAGGGGAACAGCGGCGGAGCGGCGUGUGAAAGCGAGCGUGUGUUCUUGUGUUGGGAGUUUUAGCUUAUGGCCCCUCUACCGUCCACCAUGAGCUCCGUGCAAGGACCACUCGUCCAGGAUGGCGAAGAGGAGACGGCGACUCAGGCAGGCGACAGGAGCGCGGCAAGGGGAUGUAAGAGCAAGGCGGCGAGCCUUCCCUUCAGCGUGGAGGCGUUAAUAUCAGACAGGAGCACUUCCAGGACUUCAUACCCCGCGGCGGAGCCCGGAGCGAUGGCCCCGGCGCCCGGGGCUGAGGAGCGCCUGCGGCUCUCCCCCAUGGCUCUGUACGCGGAGAGGAAAGUGGCGCUGGAGAGCGCGGCGAACUCGGGCACAAGAGGAGGCGCAGAGGAGGACAAGACACGGGGAGGGUGGUACCAGAGCCCCCCGUACACUUCCCCGCCAAGACACUCCAGUCCGACACCCUGCGCGCUCAGGAAGCACAAGAAUAACCGCAAGCCGCGGACUCCGUUCACCACGGCGCAGCUGCUGGCGCUCGAGCGCAAGUUCCGGCAGAAGCAGUACCUGUCCAUCGCAGAGCGCGCGGAGUUCUCUAGCUCGCUCAACCUGACCGAGACGCAGGUGAAGAUCUGGUUUCAGAACCGCAGGGCCAAAGCCAAGAGACUACAGGAGGCCGAGCUGGAGAAGCUCAAGCUGGCGGCCAAGCCCGUGCUGCCGGCGCUCGCGCUCCCGUUCCCGCUGGGAGCGGGCUCUCCGGGCCUGUACGGGCACGCGGCGGCCUUCCCGCGGCCCGCGCUGCCGCUGCCCGGAUUGUUCGGUGGACCUGUGACCUACGGAAUGUACUAUCUGUCCUAACCGAGCGUCAGUAACUGCUGGACCUCUGUUCCGAUUUUAUUACUCUGUCAAUGGACCAACGAGUUUCAGCUCUUAAAGUAAAACAGGCCUCAAACAGGACGAAACAACCACUUCAAUAAAACACACUGCAGAAUCAGAAAAUAGAGCUUCAGGAUUCACUGCAAAACCUGCUCCAUCCAGAAUCCACCCAACCUGUUGCUGACACGGCGAACAAGGACCAUACUCCAUACUUAAUUCAGCUCGGGUUGUUCUGUGACUUCUGCUGGUUUAAACAGUAGCUCAUAGAAACUUUCAAAAAUGAAGAGGGCAUGUUUUAAUCCGGAAUAUAAUUAUUUGCAUUAAUAAAGCCCCCCAAAUGUCGUAAAGUUUUAGAAAAAACCCUAAACACUUAAAAUAUAAGAGCCAAAUAAUCCCAGCUAAUAUUUACAAAGAAUUAAGCGGAUUGUCUUAAAGUGAACCAUAAUUCGCUUCUCCGCUGGUUUAAAUGAAUUAAACGAAGGGAAGCUAUAAUUUCUAUAAGGUGCUGCCAGCCUGGUUUUAUUCGCGCUCACAUCGAAGACUCUCCAGUUUCAUUAGAUUUCCAAUUUCCAUCUGACCCCAGACUGACGCUUUUACUGGGCUCCGUUUCGAAAGGACUCCGUCAGGCUCCAUGUACCACAGCUAGAGUUUAACAGACUGUAAAAUUAACCUCUAGAUUUUUUAUUAUUGUAAAUAAGCGUAUAUAUUAGCACCCAGCUAUUUUCAACCACCUUUGAAAUUACGAAUAGACUUGCUGAUAUUUAUACAUUGUGUUUACAUUUAUAUUCUGUAAAUUAUUGUAUAUAUUUGUACAGACAAAUUUAGAAAAAUAAUCUUUUGUAUUGGGAAAAAAAUAAAUUUGAAAUAAGGGAA